AGUGCUCGUCGAACGGCGCUGUGUUGCGACGGGACCAUGCCGCCGCGCCCUGCACCACCGAUCAACCGAUCUCAGGUGAUAUAAUCCUGGAUAAGAAUUGAUGAUCUCCACUGGCCUGGCCAGCCCUCGAAAUUGACCCGAAUUGAUCGAAGGCCCGAUUACCGGAAACAGACGACCAAAAAUGUGACGCGCGGGGGUCACUCGACGGUCGAGGCUCGAAUAGAGAAGACUGGACGACUAUUGGAAGCGUGACGGUGGAUUGACUGGUCCAGCCUGGACAACAUGAAUUCGGGCAGCGAAUCGGGCGGCACGAUGACCGAGGACUACGAGGUAACAGGCUGCGGUCCACCGGAAGAGGAAACAGGUUCAAACUUGCCGGUCUGGGAAGCCGCGGCAGCAUCUCUGACACUCGGUUUCCUCGUACUGGCUACGGUGUUGGGUAACGCGUUGGUGAUCCUGAGCGUGUUCACCUAUAGACCGCUGCGGAUCGUGCAGAACUUCUUUAUCGUGUCGUUGGCCGUGGCCGAUUUAGCGGUCGCCAUUUUGGUGAUGCCGUUCAACGUCGCUUACUUACUUCUGGGCAAAUGGAUCUUCGGUAUACAUCUCUGCAAACUCUGGUUGACCUGCGACGUGCUCUGUUGCACUGCCAGCAUCUUGAAUCUAUGCGCGAUCGCUUUGGAUCGUUAUUGGGCGAUCACCGAUCCGAUCAAUUACGCUCAGAAACGCACGUUGAAGAGGGUCUUGGCGACGAUAGCUGGAGUCUGGAUACUGUCUGGAGCGAUCAGUUCGCCACCUUUGGCCGGUUGGAACGAUUGGCCGGAGGAAUUGGAACCGGGAACACCUUGCCAGUUGACCAGAAGGCAAGGCUAUGUUAUUUAUUCCUCGUUAGGAUCUUUCUUCAUACCGUUGCUACUGAUGAGUCUGGUGUACCUAGAGAUCUUCUUGGCUACCAGAAGAAGACUUCGCGAACGUGCCAGACAGAGCGGACUGAACACGGUCCAAUCCACCAGGCAUCGCGAGGUGGACGACGCCGAGGAAUCCGUAAGUUCCGAGACGAAUCAUAACGAAAGAUCGACGCCGCGAUCGCACGCGAAACCCUCGUUGAUCGACGAUGAACCGACCGAGGUAACGAUAGGGGGUGGUGCCACGGUGACCACCUCCUCGAGACGUGCCGCGAGCGGUCGAGGAACCGCAGCCACCACCACAACCGUCUACCAGUUCAUCGAGGAACGACAAAGGAUCUCUUUGUCGAAGGAGAGACGCGCCGCGAGGACACUCGGAGUGAUCAUGGGCGUGUUCGUCGUUUGUUGGCUACCCUUUUUCCUCAUGUACGUAAUCGUGCCGUUCUGUCCAGCCUGUUGCCCCUCCGAUCGAAUGGUCUACUUCAUCACGUGGCUCGGUUACGUGAACAGCGCCUUGAACCCGCUCAUCUACACGAUCUUCAAUCUCGACUACAGGAGGGCUUUCAGAAGGUUGCUGCGUAUACGUUGAAAAAUAAGGAAGCCGGGUGGCUGAUAUCAUUCCGAAUUCGUGGGAAACGCUGCUCCUCGGUUUCUCCUUUCCGUUUCCAUUCGCCGCGAGGCGUCGAGAUGGUUAUUCGGUUCGAUCGGAAUUUCUCGAGGAAGGGUGUUCGAAUGUUUUCGAUGAUAACACACGGAAGUCGUACUAAUUUCAAGGAUCGUCUCGAUCCCAGGACACCGGAUGGAUCUCGAGUUUGUAAAAAAAUGAAACGACUCGGAGCUGGAGGAUAUUAAAGAAACUUUAAUCGAACGAGCUUCGCCGAGCGUGUCCCAUGCUCGGUCGAGAAUUCUGUAAAUAUAAUAUCAACGACGACGAUGGGGGAUGAUGAUCAAUCGGAAGUGUGUAUGUAGUGUGCGUGCGUGUAAUUUCGAACGGUUAAUCCCCAUGUAACCCUUUUCCGGAAGGAUAACGAAUACGAGGCUGGCUACGAGUAUCGAAAUCGUGGUUAGAGAUUAAGUGCUGUGAAACACAGUGAACACGAUAGUCUAAUUUCGCGCUAGAGUUCUCACAGGGCGCGUGUACAACGGCGAAGGUCGUUCCGUUUAAAGUUGCCCCAUUAAUCGUGGCCUGGGUUAACGAAGGAAACAAGGACGCGGAUAAGGGAUCUUGAGAAAGGAAACGAAGUCACCAGGUUAGAUUGUCGACGUUCGCCGUUCGGAUCGUUCCCCCCGUCUUCUCGGUUCUCCCGGUCACGAGAAACACGGGUCUACCUUUCUUUCCAUCGGCGAUUAACACCUCUUAGACUACGCUUUCACGCGAUAUCUGACGAGAGUUCUGACUUUCCGCUGUCGCGGCAUCAAAUCCACUGCUAUCGCAAUGCAACUUUUAAGAUCGCGACGUACUCUCGCGUGAAAACGUAAUCCUUAGGUCUUCUAGAAUUCGAUCGUGCGUAAUGAAAGGAGAAACGAUCCUCGAUGCCUUGAAUUCACGUGGCGUACAGUGCCGGUCAAAAGCAGGGACCAUUUUAUUCAGAAUUGCUUUCCAUAACGUAAGUUAUAAAAAAUAUGUUAAAUUUCUUAUUUGCAAAUUUAAGGACAUGGAUAAAAUUAUAAUGGCACGUUGCUGUUUCAUAUAUUUUUUAUUUUGUAAUUAAUAUUUCUGAUUUGCCUAUUCGUGCAUUAAAAAGUUUCGCGGCUCAAAAGGUCGUGAAUAGAAUUUGAAAUUUAUUGGUGAGAUGAUCCCAUACUUUUGACGGGUGGUGUAUAUAUCAUAUUGGAAAAGUUGUUCGGGGUUUGGCAUCGAGUCGAUCGUUCCAUUUUCCAAAGAACGUUCGUGGAAAUAGUGUUCUCGCGUCGAAAGGAGAAUUCAAAUAUCACCUCGGUGAUAUUUGAUCGGUGGAAAUACUUUCGAGUUUCCUCGUUCCACGCUUUUUUCCCUCCUCCAUUAUAUCGUCGUGAACCGGAAACUUGCGAAUACAGUGAAUCGCUUUCCGGUUCGCAAGGAAUCGAAAGAGCUCGAUAUUUCAUGGGAAAGGGGGAGAGAAAAAAAAAGAAAUGGAUGAAUGAUGGAACGAUCGGCCGAAAGGGCAACACGAUUCUUCUGGCCGGCAAUUUAAAUGAAAGCAGAGCAAUUCACACGUUUACGGAUAGGAAUUUUCUACGAAAAUCGACCAAGACUCCUGUUAAGACGUUUUAGAUGAUAGAUUACCGUAUCCUUUAGAUGGUAUGCGCACCCGUACUUGUAUCGCAGCUAUUUAAGAUCGUGACAUAGGUGGAUAGAAGGCGUUUUCUGCUCUCUUAAUGACAGGAAACGAGCGGGGAUUUUCUCGUGGAACAAUAGAGAACGGUUACCCUCCUUCGGGAUAGCCAAUGAUCGUUCUCUCGAGUAGCGUUCGUGAAAGAACGUUUUGUUUGAAGUCGACCGUCAGUUUCCUUGAUGUUCAACCUUCCUUUCUUCCUUCAAAGAACCUUCAGUUCGGAGUGCCAGUUAAAUGCCUUGAUUUCAUGGCCGCAGAGAUAACGAAUUGGAAAUCGGUGGGAGUCCCUUGGGUAAUCGAGUCAAGGUUCUCUCUUUGAGAAUCAACGUUUCCGAAAUAUCAGCACUCUGUUAAUUUCACGCAAUAAAAUUAUCUCUAAUGCUUCCGUCUGUAUCGUCAGAAAGGUUUCAACGAUUCGUUAAUUUUAUACAAUUAGUAUUAUAAAAUAUGAAAUUCUGCUUUCGCAGAACUGGGUACGAUUUAUCCUUUAACCAAAUCAACCCGGAUUUUGAAUAUACACGUUUCACUAAUUUCGCGCAAUAAUUUCGCUUAAUUUCUAACGCGUUUGUAUAAAUAAUAGAAACCCGGAAUCGAUAAUCCCUGUAAUUGAAUCGACCCAAUUUUGAACGUCGAAAUCGACCUCUUUGAACGAACAGUAUUUCUCUGUUUUCGUGCGAUAAUUUAGCUCGAUUCAUUAGACUUCAAUCCGACUCUUCCAUUCGCGCGAUUAGUCGUUAAUGGAUCCUUCAGAUCAAUCGACAACCACGUUGAUUGUCCCUUAAUUUCCCGUGGAAAUCAUAGGGCGGUCGAGUUCAAAGAUUCCUCGAGAGAACGUUCAUUUUCCUAGGAGCAAUUCGUUUUGUUAGUUUCGUUCUAGCAACGGUAACGAGCGAGAGGCGUAUUCUUAAACGACCUACCCCGUUCGUUAUCAAAUCGCAAGCAUUAUGGUUGUGAAUAUUUAAAUAACAAAGAGAAUACGACGAAUCUGUAAACACGAACACACAGCUACACGUACACAAAGGGAGAAAGAUCCUCGACAUGCGAACGUGUGCAUGUCUCUGUAUAAAAUUACAUUUUAAGUCGCCUCCAGUGUUCGUUUCAUCGACACUCAGUUAGACCGACACGAAUCGUGCACAGAAUGCAGUCAUUCUACUUGAAAAGUAAAAAAAAAAAAGAAAUAACGUUCCUCGCGCUUCAACGUUCGACAAAAUGUGAGUCUGAAAGCUUACGAUCAAUCGGCGAAUAAUCGAGACAAAAAUCGUGAACAAAUUUUAAUCACUCAGCCGUCGAAUAACGAAACGAAUGGCAAAGAAUCGAUACCAGUAACUGAAUAUCGAAAACAAUCGCGUAUCGUUGGUUUUUUAUUCCUAUCGAUGGACGAUUGAAGCGCGAGUUCGGGAAAUUUAAACGAGUCGUUACCGAUCAACGAGGGAAUAGGUGACGCGUUUGCCGUCCCCUCGAGUGCCACGCCAAAUCGAAUAAAAAGAAAUAUAUAUAUAUGAAAAAUAGAAAAACGAGGGAAAAAAAUGGGGGAGAGAUGUUAACCCGAGGACACUGUGAACGGAGAAGCUGAUAUUGAUACUCGACCUCGUCACCAGGGCACUCUAUAAUAAGGUUGUGAUAAGGUUGUGAGAACACGUUCGUAGCCGUGCUACGAACAACACAAGAUUUUUAAUUAUUAGGAUAGACAAAUGAAACCUUACUUUAUUCGUGGCACUGUCCAACUCGCGACACCGAGUUUCCUAUCCAACAGGGAAUUAAACGGGACGCUUGAAUAGUUUUAACUGGACGUUAAAGCCGACCUCGAGUUUCUCAACGUUUCUUUAAUUCUUUUGCUGAAAAAUUUCGCGAGAAAUUUUCCUACUUUUAUAUCUUUACUCGCCAACGUUCUUACCGUUCUAUUCUCUUGUUCGUCUUUCAGAGAAAAAUUUAUUCCCUCUACGUACCCAUUUACAAUAGCAAACUGUGUUAACUCUUUACGUGGUCAUAUAACUUUCAAGUGUCUCUUUUUAUCUUUUUCUUUUUACAGAAAAGAGUAAUUAUUCGUUUGUAUCAAAAAAUUUAUUUGAAAUUUAUUUAAUUUCAUUUUAAAAUUAUGUAGUUCCAGGCUGAAGGGUUGGUUUUUGCUAGUUUCGCGCUAAAUAAGUUCUUUCUUUUAUUUAGCAGGACUGCAUAAUAAGCCCUUUCUUUCUCUCUAUACAUAGAGAGUUAAGGUGACAGCGAAUAUUACGGAGUACCAGACUGAAAUUGAACCUGGACUUUACAUUCUUCCGAAGUGGUCGUAAAACGAGAGCUCGGGUAAAACGUUUAUUGCAAAUUUUAUACUUUCCAUUUAGAUCGUAUAGAUCCAGUUAGCGAACGAUCGUCCUAAGUAAUCAACGAUUAAAGGGUUUCUCCUUUUCUGCUUUGAUACGUGAGAUACUUCAAAGCAACUGUUCAAUAUUUUUUUUAUGUUCACCAAAGGAGAUACUAUUUCAUGCAAGUUGCACAGGCGUUUGGAAUAUCCUUUUAUAUCAGGCUUUCAAUUUUCAUUUAUUUCAUGUUUCUUUUGACGAUAUGAAAUUUCAAUCACACGUAUACCCCUAUGAACGUACGUGCUUUUAGAAAAAAACUCGCAAUCAAUGCUGGAUACCAGCAUCGAAACUAUGUAUUCCAGAAUAUUUUCCCUCUUCAUUUUAUUUUCUCCCCACGGAAGAACGGUAGAAACGUGCCAAAAUAGAGAUUGGAAAUAAAUUUUCAACCAAGUUUGAAUAGUAUCAGUGGGAAAUUGAUUUGAAACUUACUAAAAUUUGCUAAUACAGGCGUGAAAAGUAAUUAGAGUGAAUCUCAGCUCGGGCAAUUAGCGCAUUCUUGAGACAUUGCUUGCUAAUUAUCUACCUAAUUAAAACUUCAAUUGGACCGAGAGUCAAGAAAUUCUUCAGAUAUCGCUGUGUACACACAAAUAUUUCGUCUUUGCAAACUUCCUAUAACCAACUCCGAAAUAUUCCCAAAUUUCGGUUAACUUUGGAUUAGAUUCUCGUCCCAUAGCGUCGAAUCUUCCAAACUCCCGAAUUUCUGAACAACACGACAGAUAUAUUUUCGGUACGAUAAGAAAGAAUAUCCAAAGUUUGUUCCCGGAAAUCGCGUUUUAUGUUCUUCGAAAAGAAAACGUUUCAUCGAUGGUUUCACAAGUUGUCACGAACAAGCCCGAAGGAGCCGAAAACAAUUACACGUUGCAAAGCAAUUAGAAAGUUUUUUAAACGAUGCCUUCGUGUAUUAACCGGAAAUUGUCCUGACAAUUCACAAUAGCCCGCAUUUCACUCGCUUCGCCUCUGCUACUGGCAGGUCUGACUAAUGCCUGACUCGUACUACUCGCCGCCUAGUAAUCGGGCUGUUAACGACGGGUAUUCUGUACUUUCGCAAAUUUUUAUAGAUUACGGUUAAUCAACGACUAUUUUAUUAUGUUCUACAAUGUAUUUGAAGUAAUUGAAAGUACUCAUUAGCCGGGAUGCAAAUGAAUAGUUGUAUCAGAGUAGAAUUUCAAAUCGCUCGACGUCUGUUCCACUUCUUUUAUCGUUUGAUUUUCCAACUGUUUCGUGUCUCACGAAACUAUUCUAACCACGAAACGACCGGAACAAGAACGGCUUUACCUUACAUUUCGGCUAAUUCGAGCCGGUGCACCGUAUGUUUCGUCGGCCAUUAGAAUGCGAAACCGUCCCCUGACACUCUAACGCGACCGUUUGCAGUAUCUAAUUACUUUCUGCGAUUUACACGAACCACACCUUAAACAAUAGGGUUCUCUCUUCGUUUUGAAAACGUCGGGGUCGCAAAGUGUUCUCGGUGAUCCUUUUGGAUGGGAAUCUCGGUAGUUGUAUUAUUGUACUGCGUUAUAUAUUACAUUAAUACAUUACAUUUACUUGUACAUCCGUAUCCGCAGGUUGAUUUUCAAGAUUAGUUUCGGGGAUCGAAACGCAGGGUGUUCAUAGUCACCCCUUUCUUUUAUUUGAAAUCUUUCUCUGUACAUUCCUUACUGAACUUCCAUAUCAUUGAUACGAUUGAUCAGAUAUUUUUUAAUCUAUUUUUGUAUCUUCAUAAUCACAUCAGGAAAUUAGUCAUUAAUUUUUCAUUUACUUUGGUCAACGAGCAACUGCACCUCGAUCCACGAAACGGUACGACGAUAUUAUACAGGUUGUCCGAAAAAAGAUUGUAUUCCAUUGAGAAAUCUAAUUUUCAUGGUGUACAAUUUUUUCUAAAAACACCCUGUGUAUAAAUAUGAAAUUAUUCUAUAAUUGGGCCUGGUCGCCCGAUCGAGAGAAACACUACGCUAGAUACGUAUAACAUAUACAUAUAAAUAUAUUAUAUAUAUAUAUACACAUCUAGUUAUUAAACUAAUACUCCAUUGGUUGUGAUUUACAAGUAUAGCAAUACAGCAGAGCUCGAAUCCCAUGACCUAGAUCGCGCACGGACUUUCCCUCUCCGGUGAAUUUAUUAGAUUAAAACCGAUGUCGUGCUGGUUGAAAUUUUUGGACAGCACUUCGUAUCCGAUUUAAUUCGACAGAUUUCCCUUUUAAUUUAUAUCCGACUUUCGUUGCCAUGGCUACAGAAACGAUACGAAAUAUUUCUGACUUAAAUAUUAUCUUGUGUAUCGUAUCUUUAAUAUCGGAAUGCUGAUCGAACAUUUCGGUCUCGUAAAUUUGUCAGAAAUUCUUGGGAAAAUAUUUCAUUAGAUCGUAUAUUACCCUUGAUAUCAUGCGACAAAUGCGUACCUUAAAUUAUAGGAAAAAUGUUUUCAUCGAUGUUCCGGAUGUUAAUUAAAUUCAUGCGAGAACAUAGCGAGAACGGAUACAAAUUGUUAUUAUCGCGUUCGCUAUACUGCCCUCCUUACUUCAAUUUUCCUGAUUAACAUUUUGAAACAGCGGAGAACGAUAAAGUUUUAUCGUUUCAUUAUUCCUCGAAGUAUGUAUACGAACAGCGAGUGUGACGAUUAAUUAGGUGCUUCGGAUCGAACGGUUUAACCAAGGAGAGCGGUACAGUUCGUCAGUGAUCACGAAUUUAAUACAGUUGAAAAGGGGGGAAAAAUACAAAAGCUCUGGAAAUCGCUCGUGAAAGCUAACAAGUUAAACACAAACAGAAAUGUAAACCAGAAAUAGAAGGAGAGAGGAAAACGAUCCGAUUGAAAUUCUAGAAAGCGUGGACCAUCGAGCGUUCAUGUGAGCCUGCCGCUUGAGUGUGUAAAUAUUAAAAUAAAUCAAUGAACAAAGAAAAAACAGAAGCCGUUCGUGUACGUGUAUUGAAUAAAAGCGUGUGGAGUAUCGUGUGAAUGAUUAAAUUAAAAAAAAAAAAAAAAAGGAAAGAAAUUUAUCGAAACGAUCGUCCUUAUCCUUCGCAAUGAAAUGUAAAACAAAAUGAAUCUCUUUCGAUAAGACGCACGAAAUUUCCCGUCUCUCUGUAUUCAUCGCAAUUUUCCAAAUGUUUAACACCCUUUUCAUUUUUUUUUUCUUUUCUACUUCUCCAUAUACAUUCAUCGGAAUUGAAAAGCAGAGAAUGAUGUAAAAUUUGCAUAUCCAGGUGGAAUUCAUCCGUUGCUUUUCGACCGAAAACUCGCGACCAGCUUUUCGCACAGCGUAAACCGCCAUCCGCGGAGAAUCGUUUUAAUUAUUUUCAGGCUGAAAGUCUGCCGCGUCUCUGAUUUCCAUAUUUCGCAUUUCCCCGGUUCACGCGGAUUAGCCGAGGUCCACGUCGCGCGGUUCUCAUUCAAUUUCGCGAUCUCCGAGCGAGGCUAACGCUCGGAGAUCACCAGCCUCGAACGCGUUUCGGAUCUCCCUAACCGCGGGGGUUAAGGUUCCACGCUUUUGUUCAGCGAUAAACGAGCGACUCGAUUAAGCCACCGGUCUUGUUUAUUCAACUGGAUAAUUGUCGGGACGAUUUUUAACUCUCUAUACAACCUCUGACGUAAUGAAUCCUUACAUUUUUCUUAGUGCACCAUUGUUAAUGUAACGAGUUUAUUUUUUAUAAAAUGAUAGAACAUUGAUAUUGUGUUUCGAAACGAAUUACUGUUUGUAAAUACAGAAAAUCUGGCCGAUGGAGGGUUGAAUAUAUUUCCACGUGGACCAUCGGGGUUAAAUUUUCAUUUAAAAUUUCGUGCGUCUAUCUCAAGUGAAAUGUGAGAAAGAAAUGAUAAAAUACAUAUGAUACGUACACACCAACACAGACACACUUAAGUACAUAUGUACCAGUAAAAUGUGGAAACCCUUUUCGGAUGUGAUUAAUCUCCUAAAAGCAUCCUCGACC